AUGUCAUCGCUGGUCUCCCGGGAUGCUGCCUCCGCCUUGACACCACCUGGAGCCGCCUCCAGUCCUUCUGCUGCGUCGUCUUCUGCUCCUGGAGCCCGUGCGCCUACUCCUCAGGCUCCGACACUUUCAGGUUUUAGGCUCCCCAAGCGGAAAGUGGACUACGUCGUGGUGGAUCAGCCGGUUCCUUCAGCGAAGAAACGGAAGGAGGACACGGCGGCCGCGCCCCCCUCAGCGAAGAAAGGAGGUGGCAGCACUCGCACCUCCCCAGCCCGGUCGCCCUCGCGAGGCCAAGAGAGACACCAUCGGGAGGAGUCAGCCCCCAUGGCCCCGCUGGCUCUGGAAGUGCCGGCACCUGGCUCGGCUGAUGAGGUCCCAAAGGCUCUGGAGCCCUCGAUCUCCCAUGCCCAGGUAACGACGUCGCCCCCUCCUUCUGCUGCGCUCCUGGCCCCAGGUUCUUCCGCUUCCUCUGUCGUCUUGGAGCACGCCCUUUCGGAGAUGGCCCAACUGCAGGAAGAUCUCCUGAGCGCGGACCCGCGUCUGGUGGUCGGGCGCCCUGAGCUGGCCUCCGGCUGGCUUCAUUCUGAUGCGGCGGUCCGGGCGACGCUGAACCAGGCCGUGACGGCCUCCGAGGAGGAGAAGCAGGCCACCGCAAAAGCUGCGGCCGAUCAUGAGGCGGCGCUGGAGGAUGCCAAGGCCACUCGCGACCGCUGCCGGGUGCUGGAUGAUGAGUUGAAGAGUCUGCGUGACCAGCACGCCGAAGAAACCCGUGGCCGCCAGGCAAAGGAGGAGGAGAUGAAGGCUCGAGAGGACGCCAUAAGGAGCCGCGACGCCGAGCUGGUGGAGCUAGCGAAGGCGCAGGCCGCGGAGCAUAGCCGAUUGAAGGCGCUGGAUCAGGAGGCGAAGAGGUCCAGCGUGGCGCUGAAGUCGCUGUACGAGAAGGGUUUGGAGAAGCCGCUGACCACGAAUGAGGAUGGCCCUGCUCAGCUGCUUCCCCUUUUGGUGAAGGCGCUUGAGGAGGUCGUGGAGGGCAUCGGUCCCAUGACCGAGGCAGAGGCUCACGUCCUUUCUUCACCUGCGCUGACGCGUGUCUUCAGUCAUUUGUACCUUCGCAACCCCAAUGCUCGUCUCAGCGAGCUGCUGGAGCCUGUAGCUGAUGAGCACUGCGCGGCUGCCGCCGUAGCCGUGAAGGUUCAGGUGGAGGCCCAGCUGAAGAAAUUCCGCGGCUUCGUCAUCGCGUCCUCGACCGGCGAUGCCAGCGAUCCUGCGGCUGGCGGUGCAGCUGAAGACGACACUACCAAGGGGAGAGCACCUUCUACAGAGGACCUUCGGGGCGCUGACCCUCGCUUGGUGGCCGGGCGCCUGGAGCUGGUCUCUAGCUGGCUCCAUUCUGAUGUGGCCGUCCGGGCGGCGCUGAACCAGGCUGCGGUGGGCUCUGAGAAGGACAAGCAGGCUGUCGCCCAAGCUACGGCUGCCCACGAAGCUGCGCUGAAGGAUGCCGGAGACGCCCAAGAUCGCUGCCAGUCGCUGGAGGCCGAGCUGGAGACAAUGCGCAACGAGCGUGCGGCCAAGGCGCGCGGCCGUGAGGUGGACGAGGAGAAGAUGAAAGCCUGGGAGGAUGCCGUCAGGGAUCGCGACGCCGAGCUGGAGCAGUUGGCGAAGGCGCAGGCCGCGGAGGGCAGCCGGCUGGAGAAGCUGAAGCGGAAGAUGGAGGCGGAGAAGGCCGAGCUUGAUGCCAAGGCGAAGGUCCUAGCUGAGGACCGCGUGGCCUUCAACUCCCUCGAGGAGAAGGCUCGCACGGCACUGCGGUCACUCUACGAGAAGGGCUUGGAGGAGCCGCUGGCUACCGCCGACGAGGGCCCCACCGAGCUGCUUCCUUAUCUGGUCACGGUGCUUGAGGAAGUCCUGCUGGAGCCUAUGGACGACGAGCACUAUGCAGCUACUGCCAAAGCCGUGAAGGGUCAAGUUGAGGCCCUGCUGAAGAGGUUCCGUGCCUUCAAUCCCGCGCCCUCAACCCGCGGUGCUGCUGAUCCUGCAACUCCGGCGGGUGAUGCAGGUGAGGGCAACGCCGCCAUGGAAGAAACAUCCCUUGCGGACGUCGGCGGUGUCCGGGAGUGA